AUGUCGACACCGCAGAUGCCAAAGCCGCGCAAUCUCUUCAUUCAGAUGUCUGGCGCGCCUGGGUCUGGAAAGAGUACGAUAGCAGCACAGCUUGGACGACGGAUUAACGGAGUGGUCAUUGAUCACGACGUGUUCAGAUCCAGUCUUAUCGAAACGGGCAUUCCGUUCGAGCAGGCAGCAAAGUGUGCCUACCGGCUUCAAUGGGCACAGGCACAACACAUCAUCAAGCAAGGCCUCAGCGUUAUCGUUGACAGCACUUGCAACUACCAGGACAUUCUCGACUGUGGAUCCGCCCUUGCCAAUCAACACUAUUACACCUAUUGGUAUAUCGAGUGCAGGGUCCAAGAUAUCGACUUGUUGGAUGAAAGACUGCGCACCCGAGACCCAAUGACGAGCCAGCGCACUGGCGUCGACCGUCCUCCCGCAGCAGCAGCAGAGAGCGACCACGCAGCCCAAGACUCUCGCGCCCUCUUCAAGAAGUGGAUUGAGAGCCCGUUCCGUCCGAAAGAUAAUGUACUUAUUGUGGAUUCUACACGCAGCCCGGACAUAUUGCGGGAUGAGAUAUUGAAGCAGAUUACUAGUGGCAUGGAGGCGAAUCGUGCAGCGUAG